AUGGCCUUCGAAGACCUCGAGAGCUGGCUCAGCCAGUUCCAGGUCCUUUUGCAGGACUUUCCCUUACAAGACUUCUGGCAAUUCGUCACCCCUGCCAUCUGGUCCGUCGCCGCCGUUCUCGCUCUCUACAUCCUCCUGCAGUUCCAGUCUGAGGAGCCGCCUCGACGGUACACGGUUCCCGCGCCCAAGCUGCCCGAAGGCGAGCCGCAGAUCCUCGAACACCCGACCAUCAAGGUCCCCGGCAGCACCGCCAUCCAGUGCUACGCGCCGGCGACGGGCCAGCUGCUGGGGCUGGUCAACCCGUCCACGCCCGCCGGCCUCGACCGCGCCAUCGCGUCCGCCGCCGCCGCCCAGCAGGCAUGGCGGGAGACGACGUUCCGCCAGCGCCGCGCCGUGCUGCGCACGCUCCUGCAGCACGUCCUGGACAACCAGGAGCAGAUCUGCCGCGUCAGCAGCCUCGACUCGGGCAAGACCAUGCUGGACGCCCAGCUGGGCGAGAUCCUCGUCACCACCGAGAAGCUGCAGUGGACCCUCAAGCACGGCGAGAAGGCCCUGCGGCCCGAGCGGCGGCCCACCAACAUGCUGAUGACCUACAAGAAGAACAGGGUCGUCUAUGAGCCCCUCGGCGUCGUCUCGGCCCUCGUCAGCUGGAACUACCCCUUCCACAACCUGAUCGGCCCCAUCAUCAGCGCCAUCUUCGCCGGGAACGGUAUCAUUGUCAAGGUUAGCGAGCAGACGUGCUGGAGCGCCGCCUACUACACCAGCAUAGCCCGCGGCGCUCUCGUGGCGCACGGCCAUGACCCUGCCUUGAUCCAGAGCGCCGUCUGCUGGCCUCAGACGGCGAACCACCUGACGAGCCAUCCCGGCAUCAGCCAUGUUACCUUCAUUGGCAGUCGGCCUGUGUGCCACCAUGUCGCCGCCAGCGCUGCCAAGAGCCUUACACCCGUUGUUGCGGAAUUGGGUGGAAAGGACGCUGCCGUCAUCUGCGAUUCUGCCAAGGGCGACUUGAAGCGUAUCGCCGACAUCAUGAUGCGCGGCUCUUUCCAGGCCGCAGGGCAGAACUGUAUCGGAAUUGAGCGCAUCAUCUGCGCCCCCGGUGUGUACGAUAAACUCGUUGACAUGUUGGCCCCCCGCGUCAAGGCUUUGAGACUGGGGCUGGACAAGGAUGUUGGAGCAAUGGUUUCGGAUAACUCAUUUGCACGCCUCGAGGAACUGGUUCAAAGUGCUGUCGAUUCUGGUGCGAGACUCCUAGCCGGUGGCAAGAGAUACCGACACCCGAAUCACCCGUCGGGCUUCUACUUCACGCCGACUCUGCUUGUGGACGUGACGCCGGACAUGGCCAUCGCUCGGGAGGAGUGCUUCGGGCCGAUCAUGACCGUGAUGCGCGCGCCCUCGGGCUCCGCCGAGGACCUGCUCGCGCUCGCCAACGCGCCCGAGUUCGGGCUCGGGUCGAGCGUGUACGGCCGGGACGCGGACCCGGUCCUGCGGGCCGUGGUCAAGGGCAUCCGCGCCGGCGGCGUGGCCGUCAACGACUUCGCCGUCUUCUACGCCGUGCAGCUGCCCUUCGGCGGCGUCGGCGGCUCGGGCUACGGCCGCUUCGCCGGCGAGGAGGGCCUCCGCGGCCUGUGCAACCUGAAGAGCGUCUGCGAGGACCGCAUGGCCUGGCUCGGCAUCCGCACCGCCAUCCCGCCCCCCGCUCGCUACCCCGUGCGCGACCAGGACGGCGCCUGGCGCUUCGCCCGCGGCGUCGUCAGGCUCGGGUACAGUCUUGGGCUCGGCGGCAUGCUGGGGGGUCUGGUGGAUGUGGUGAGGAAUGGUUAG